UACUUAUGAACUACGUUUGACUUGAUCUCCUUCACAGGAGUACGUAGGCAACUCGAAAGUUUUAUUUUUGAGUUCAGUUAUAACAAAAUAAAUCUCAACUAAGUCAUUUUUUCAAAGAGAAUAUCAGAAGUUUGCUUACAAAAAAGGUCAAAUCAACGGGAAAGGUUUAGGGAAUUAUUUGAUCUCCUCCUCAUCGGAAGUGUAUUGAGUUGAGCUUCGAACAACAUCUCCACAACGAUGACACCAUCCCAACAAUGAACAGGUGGCGCGCUGACAACAACGACAUCGGUAAUGUCUCUUGCACUUUGAACGACGACAUCAUCUCAACAACGGAGCAGGUGGCGUCGAUGGCAGUAGCAUCGAAGGACUGCUACAAGCUCCAACAGGACUGCUACAAGCUCCUGUCGGACCGCUACAAGCUCCUGCCGGACCGCUACAAGCUCCUGCAAGACUGCUUCAAGCUCUGGCAAGACCGCCCCAAGUUCUGGCAAAACCGCUUCAAAUUCCGGCAAGUCCGCUUUAAGCUCCAGCAAACCCGCUUCAAGCUCCAUGAAAUUUCCCUCCACUGCAUCAACAAAGCUCUAGGAAACAUCUGCACCGACAAAAUAGCCGGUCUUCAAACCGACGAAGUGGCUGGUCUUCGCACCGAAAAAAUAGCCGGUUUUCAAACCGACGAAGUGACCGGUCUUCGCACCGACAAAAUAGCCGGUCUUCAAACCGACGAAGUGGCCGGUCUUCAUACCCACAAAAUAGCGAGUCUUCACACCGACGAUAUGCAAUCGGCCUAAUUCUUCAGAUCGGUGCCACUAACCCAACGAAGGGCCCCAAGUGACACCGAUGAUCGGAAAUCAGACCAAUUCUUUAGAUCGGUGCCAUUAACCCAACGAAGGGUCCCAAGCGACGCCGAUGACCAGCAAUCGGACUAAUACUUUUUAUCGGUGCCACUAACCCAACGAAGGGCCCCAAGCAGCACCGAAAACCGACAAUAGCUCUUCAAUUAAUGGCGUCAUCACCUGAAAUAACAAAAAACAGGGGCCUCGUUGUGAUCUUAGGAUUGCCCGGAUUCAUGGGAAGGCUCAAAUCAUAAAAUAGGCCCAAAAGCCUAAUUUAUUUAAAUUAAAGAAGCUGGCCCAAUUUGCUCUUCAAUUCCGUCGCACGCAGAACAUGAGGCAGUCAUUCUUCUUCUAGCUUCUUCGCAAGAAGCACGAGAACAUCGUCAAAAAAAAAUCGAUCGAAUUCCUCUCUCCAAAGCCGCAGCAGAGCAAAUAAAAGCAGUACCACCAUCAGCCCCAAACUCAGUGCCCAACUCCAGCGGCGGCUAUUUCUUUUCUCCUCCAGCGAACCAGCAGCAACAUCAACCCAGCUUCCAACUGCAGCAGCCAUGGUCAAUACCUUCUGAACUUUGAGAGACGGUCUACUCUUGCACAACCUCUACGCCUCUUCAGAAUUCUGGCUCCUUCAUUGUCUUCUUGGCAUAAUAGCAGAUUCACCAAUUUGGUGGUCCAUCUCCCUUGACGUCACCAUCUCAUCUUCCUCGCCAGAUUAAUUCUUCUUGGAGAACGAGUAGCAACAGCAACUGAGCAAUGGUUUCUUCGGAUUGAAACAGCUACGGCGGCUCCUAUUGAACAUCGAACGGGUAUUAUCUUCUCCGGCGGCAAGAUGACAACCUGCGAUGGAACUGUUUCGGCUUCAAUUUCCACCGGGAUUUAAUCUGAAAUCAACAUGGUCCCUGCUGCACCUUCAGGUGAAUCUCCUUCCCAACGGAAAUUUGCUGAAAUUCGGAACUUUGAGGUCGCACCAGCAAUAACAGGUCUUUUUUUCCCUGUAAUACGCAAAAAAAAAGAGAGAAAGAAUAGCAGAGAAGAAAAGUUACCUGCUAUGAACUUCGCUUCCAUAAAUCUUUGAUAGCUUUGAGUCUUAAAAUGGAAGAUGCAGAAGAGCAUAAGCUGCGAUUGAUAUUUAUACACAUGGAUGGAGAGUUUAGAUCUCAAAAUCAGCAGAACAUUAGUCUUAAUUGGAUAGAAAUCCUUGAAAGUUGAGGAUAAUCUGGACUCUCCGACUUAAUGCCCCGUAUGACUUAAUAUUUCCCAGCUAAAUGUUUGAGACUUGGACUCUGACUCCGAGUUGCAAUUGAAGUCCAUCACUCCAUAAUUCAGUGUUGGGGGUGCGUAUGUUAAUUUCUUAAAACAAAGAAAUUGAGCCGUCACAUUUUUGGGCCUAUUAGAAAUAAUAGAAUUCUAAAUAAAUGAAUUAUGUUGAUC